AUGAACUCAAGCCUACGAAGAUUUACACCGCUUCCUCCAAAGUACAAACCACUGCAAACUCCUCACUCGAGUUUGGCACAGGUUCAGUAUGGCCCUGCAUUACAAGCAAGAAGACGCAUUCGCAUCAAUGUGAGAGGGCUUCAGUUUGAGACUUUUCAGGACACGCUGGAACAGCAUCCAGAUACCAUGCUCGGUUGUCCGAGUGAACGAAACAAAUUUUACGAUCCUGUUGAAAAGACGUAUUAUUUGGAUCGAGAUCCAGCCAUAUUCGACUCCAUUUUGUUCUACUAUCAGUCCAAUGGUAUUCUCGCAAGACCGGAAUUCGUCCCUGAAGACCUUUUCAAAGAGGAACUAGAAUUCUUCCAGAUUAAGACAGAACUAGACGAUGCUUCUAAGCGAAAUUCUAACAGCAAGGUCUUAAGCUCCCCUUCCGAUGUCCAAACAUUUAUGGAAAUAAGUCCCGAUGAUAACUGCCACCAACGUGCAACAAAACUCCGUAACAACUGUUGGUUGAUUAUGGAAUACCCAAGACUCAGUUUAGCGGGUAAAAUUUUGGGGCGAGUCUCUAUAUCAGCUAUACUGCUCUCUGUCAUCGUGCUUUGUCUAGAGACAAUACCAGCCCUUAACUGCUUCCGAGAUAUUACAAACAACACCGGUGGCAAAAGUAAUAAAUCUGAUAUAAGCGAUGAGAAAACGUUUAACAGAAGCUGUCAUCUGAUUGGCUCAGCCACUUGUACCACUUUGGCCGGCGCAAGCGUCUACCAUUUUGGAGUAUGGUUUGUGUUGGAGACAGCUCUAGUGGUGUUUUUCUUGAUGGAAUAUCUCAUACGAAUUUUAACAGCUCCAAGCAGGUGCAGAUUUGUUUUUUCCUUCUUUGGUCUCAUAGAUGCAUUUGCAAUCAUUCCGUAUUUCAUAGCGGCAGCACUUUGCGGCUGGCAAUCGGAAAUGUACCCCCAAGUAACCUCCUUCAAUUUCUUGCGAAUCAUUCGUCUCUGCCGCGUUUUUCGAGUUUUUAAACUCAGUCGCUACAGUGAGGGUUUGAAGACAGUAGGAAAAGUAUUCAAAGGUACAUGGCCGGCGUUGUCGUCUUUAAUGCUUUGUGUGUUUAUGGCCGUCAUCUUUUUCUCUAGCUUUUUCUUUUACGCCGAAGAACACAGACAUGUGGUCAGCAGUAUUUUGGAUGGAUUUUAUUGGACAGUCAUCACCAUGACAACAGUAGGAUAUGGUGAUGUCGUUCCCAAGAGCAUUGUGGGUAAAUUGGCAGCCAGCGCUUGCAUGGUCCUUGGGAUUUUGCUGCUUUUCAUUCUGCCUUUGCCUGUGUUUGUAACACAUUUUAGCAAUAUGUAUAAAAAACACCUCGGAAAAAAGAGACGCGCACGAAAUGGUUUAAAAUCUGAGGUUCCAACGUUGCUCGAAAAAUUAAUGACAAGGUAA